GGCGUCUGUCAUCAUCUGGCUGGCCCUGCUCGUGAUCAAGCAUUGUCUAUCCCAUGACGUCGGCAGAGGAUGCGCGGCAAGUCAAGGAGACUACGGACGCCCUGCUCAAGGAUGCCUACGCCGCCAACUACGACAAGGUGAUCGCGCUCAAAGAAGAGCUUGCCAAAGGCCAUCUUGAGUCCUACAAGGCCAAAGUGAAGGCGCAGCUGCCCGCUUACAAGCAGCGCAUAGCCCUCACCGAAUCCAUACCUAAAUUCUGGCUCACAACGCUUGACAAUACGCCUACUUUUGCCUCGGUCAUCGAUGGUGGCGAUAGAGACGCGCUCGGUAGGAUCACCGAUAUCUGGAUUGACUAUGGCGCAGACCCGCGAGAGUACGAUGUUACCUUUACCUUCGCCCCCAGAAACCCGUACUUCAAGCAGAGCAAGCUUACAAAGUCAUUCAAGAUUGACCGCGAAGCCGCGAAAGCGGCAGGCGUGGGCGAUUACGAGCUUGAGAUCCCUCUCAAGACGACGGCGGUAUCGAUAGACUGGAGCGACGAUAAGCAUAAUCUGGUAGCGAAACGACCGGCGCCAUCUGUUCCGUCCAACGGUCAUAGCGACGAUCUGACUGAUGACUAUGGCAGCUUCUUCAACUGGUUCACUCAGGACACAGACGUCGAGCAGCUUGGCGAUUCGCUCGUUCAGAUGUGGGAGAACGCUCUGGACUGCUUUGCCGGUCUGAACAAUGACAUGGGCUACGACACCUCGGACGACGACGAUGACGACGAAGGAGACGACGAGGGCGAGAUUGACAUCGAGGACAGUGAGGACGAGGAAACAAAGAGAGCCAAAAAACGAGCCAGACAGUCUCGCAGAUAGCUGUAGAUCAGACAUGCGCACGCGUGCUGAAAACGAUGCAAUACGCGUGUGUUUGGAAUUGCUACAGUGCAGUGUUCCCUGUGCGCGAACGCGACUCUACUACGACGGAGGGAUCUUCUUCAGAACUCGGGCAGGUAUGCCGCCUGCCAAACUCCAAUCGGGGAUGUCCUUCGUGACC